GCUGAGCUGUGCCAUGUCCCUGAUGGUGGAGGUCGGCGAGAGCCAGCCGGGGAGGAUGACGGCAGAUGACAUCAUCGCUGGCACGCGCCAGGUGGUGAAGGGGCUGGAGGCGCUGCGGAGCGAGAACAGGGGCAUCUCACAGCGGCUGCAGGAGGCCCUGAUCCAGGGCCAUGGGCAGGAGGAGCCGCCGGGGGGCCAGGCCCUGCAGCUCCUGGAGGAGAAGUACGACCUCGUCCGCAAGUCCCUGGAGGGGAUUGAGCUGGGGCUUGGCGAGGCAAAGAUGAUGAUCGCGCUGUCGUCCCACAUCGGGGCGCUGGAGGCCGAGAAGCAGAAGCUGCGGGCGCAGGUAAAGAGGCUCUGCCAGGAGAACCUCUGGCUGCGGGAGGAGCUGGCGGGGACCCAGCUGCGGCUGCAGCAGAGCGAGGAGAUGGUGGCGCAGCUGGAGGAGGAGAAGAAACACCUGGAGUUCAUGAACCAGCUGAAGCAGUAUGACACCAAGGAGGAGCAG